CUGGCAACAUUCUUUUCUCCCUCUCCCUCUCCCUCUCUUCCCGAUAAAUAAAAGAAACAAACAAUAUUUCAAAAGCCAUGGCGGUGCUCACGGUUACGGCACUCUCCACGCGCGCUUCCUCCGCCGUUUCGCCGCUCUAGGAGACUUCGCCGCCGUGAGUUAUCUCUCUCUCUCCCUCCGUCCCCGUCCGGCCUCCUCACCGCCGCGAUGCUCUCGCGAGAUUGAGGCCGCCGCCGCCGCUUCUCCUUCUUCUCCUUCUUCUCCUUCGGUGUCGCCGGAGUCGUGCUCUGAUUGUCUCGUUUAGCGGUGGCAGAGUUGUUCAUGUCGCGCUCGGAGCGUUUUUCCUUUCCGGUUUUGGUUCCGUCCUGACGCGUUCGUUUUUUCUCAUUUUGCCUUGCGGUCGCGUGGUGGAAAUCGCCCUCCGUUCUUAUUGACGAUAGGGUGGUGCGGUGCGAUGUCGGCGGCGCGGCUCGCCGGAGCCGCUGCGGCUCCUAAUGGCAUGACGAGCAGGCCGAGCGAAUUGAGCGCGGCGGCGAUGAGGCGGAGGAGGAGAUUGCUCGCCCCUGUCCGCGCGAGCGGUGUUCGUAGUUUACCGGCUCUUGUCGAUAGAGAGAGGUUCCGCAGUUCCGGAUGCCGUCUGUCUGCGAAUCGCGGGCGGUUCUCGCCGCUUUCGGUCCGUUGUCAGUCGAGUUCGGAUUGCGACGUAGGCUCUACAGAUGUUGAUGAAUACGCGGGUUCUUCGUCCUUGAGGGAUGAGCUCUCUUCAAGAGAUGAUCCUUGUGCCGAGAAAACAGAGGAAGCCACUGAGUUGACAGCGAUUCCUCAAGGCCAAUCACGUAUCACUGAUGUGAAAAGAGAGAUCAUAGCACUCUCUCUGCCUGCAAUGGCAGGACAAGCUAUUGAGCCCUUAGCACAGCUGAUGGAGACAGCUUAUAUCGGUAGAUUGGGUGCUGUGGAGUUGGGCUCAGCUGGUGUUUCCAUAUCAAUAUUUAACAUCAUAUCAAAGCUUUUUAACAUUCCUCUGCUUAGUGUUGCUACUUCCUUUGUGGCUGAGGACUUAUCUAAAAGUGCAAUGGAGGGAAUUCUUAAAAGCAAUGGUAAUCACAUGGGCAAAGCAUUUAUAGUAGCUGAGAGGAAGCAAUUAUCAUCUGUGUCCACCGCUCUGCUAUUGGCAGUUGGGAUAGGCAUUUUUGAGGCCAUAGCUUUAUACUUUGGAUCUGGACAAUUUUUAAACAUGAUGGGCGUAUCAUCAGCAUCACCCAUGCACGGUCCAGCACAAUGUUUUCUUUCUCUAAGAGCACUUGGAGCCCCUGCAGUGGUAGUGUCCUUGGCACUUCAAGGAAUUUUUCGUGGGUUUAAGGACACAAAAACUCCUGUUUUAUGUCUAGGUAUCGGUAAUUUAGCAGCAAUUUUCUUGUUUCCUGUACUUAUGUAUGGCUUUCGACUGGGUGUUGUUGGGGCAGUCCUUUCUACUGUUUCAUCACAGUACCUUGUCGCCUUACUAAUGAUUUGGUAUCUUAAUAAAAGAGUUAUUUUAUUGCCUCCAAAGAUGGGAGCACUGCAGUUUGGGGGAUAUAUAAAAUCUGGUGGGUUUCUUCUUGGAAGAACUCUUGCCGUUCUUACAACCAUGACUGUGGGAACAUCUAUGGCUGCUCGUCAAGGUCCAUUAGCAAUGGCUGCUCAUCAGAUAUGCAUGCAAGUUUGGUUGGCUGUCUCUCUUUUGACAGAUGCACUGGCUGCAUCUGCCCAGGCCCUGAUUGCUGGUGCAUUAUCUAAAUCUGACUACAGAACUGUAAGAGAGGUGACAGACUUCGUAUUAAAGAUAGGAUUAUUGAUGGGAAUCUCCCUAGCUGCAAUUCUCCUAAUAUCUUUUGGCUCUUUAGCAAAUUUGUUUACCAAUGAUGCUGAGGUGUUACUUAUUGCUAAAACUGGCGUACUGUUCGUGAGUGCUAGCCAACCAUUGAGCGCUCUGGCUUACAUUUUUGAUGGCCUCCACUAUGGUGUUUCUGACUUCCCAUAUGCAGCUCGUUCCAUGAUAUUGGUGGGGACAAUAUCUUCGGCAUUUUUGCUGUUUGCUCCUAGGAUGAUUGGUCUCCCUGGAGUUUGGUUGGGCUUGUCUCUCUUUAUGGGCUUGCGUACAGCAGCAGGCUAUUUCAGAUUAUCAGCAAAGACUGGUCCAUGGUGGUUCAUGCACAGAGAGAUGCAGAAAUUUGAUCUCGCUGGUUGAAAUGGGGAUAUUCUUCAGUUACGAGGUGCUUUGUGCUAUUGAUAUUCUGAUCCAGGAUUAGGCGUCGUGCUAUUGAUAUUCCAACCCAGCAUAUGCAUAGGACGCAGAUAAUUUUUGGUUAUCCAGCACAUUCUUUUUAGUGUCUUACAAAGUAGAGCUUUCCUAUUUUGGCGUGAAGGCGUGCUCCCAUGCCUGUGCCAACUUUUGAGUCUCUAUUAGGAAAAAAAGAUGAAAUCGAGCAACUAUUUCUUCAUUACCUUGUUCUGUUUCUGUCAUUUCUUGUAUAUUCAGAAACGUUUGCUCUAAAUCUCUCACUCUCACUCUCUCUCUC